UUUUGCUAACUUUACAAUGGACGGUAUCUCUAGUUUUUGCUCGUCAGUCAGUUCUGAAGAAAACGGACCAGACAGCCGCGACAGCCCCUCGAUGGAAGAUGGAUUAGUCGACGCUUUCGGCGACCUGGCUGCCCUCCCGGUCGAGGUUGGCGAGAGAAGACCGACGUGUUUACGUUGCCGUCGCCCUCAGAAGGUGUGUCUCUGCCCUUUUCUUCCACCACAACCCCUGGAGGUGUCUACAUGUCUGUACGUAGUGCAGCAUCCUGCAGAGGAGAGCAGAGUACUUCGCACAGUUCCUCUACUUGCUGCUUGUUUGCCACAAGGAAAAUGCAAUGUUAUAGUUGGAAGGAGAUUCAAUGAGGAGAAGCACCCAGAGCUGGCUGCGGUAUGUCGGGACAGCAAAACGCUGAUCCUCUAUCCAGGCCCCAAAUCCCACAACCUGGAGGAGUUGGUGAAAUAUCAGGACGUAGGCACUGUGAAACAUAAUGUGAUCAUCAUCGACGGCACCUGGAGCCAGGCCAAAAACAUGUUCCUCAAAAACAGCCUGUUCCACCUGCCCAAGCAGGUCCAGCUCAACAGGACUCUGUCCAGUCAGUAUGUGAUCCGCACUCAACCCUCCAACAUCUGUCUGUCCACGCUGGAAUGUGCUGCUGUCGCCCUGUCCAUCCUGGAGCAGAAUGACGACAUCCAAGAGGUUCUGCUCAGGCCCCUGAAAGCCCUGUGCUCCUUCCAGCUGCAGCACGGUGCUCAGAUCCAUCAUAGCAAGGAGCAUCUACUGAAGAAUGGCAUGUAUGACAAACCCAUGCCCAAGAACAAGCGCAAGAUAAAGAGGAUGGAGAAACUCGUCAGCGACCACAACAUCUGCCCAAGAUGAGGGAGCGACCGAGCAGAGAAACGGGGCUUGACUCAUGUCGGUGUACACGGCCGUCCAGCUGCACAGGACUGUAUCAUCAGAGCAGCGUGUCGCAGAAUCAGGGUGCAGGCAUGGAAACCACUGGGCUUCUGGGAGUUUUUCUUCUGUUUUCAGAUAAUUGUUGGUAAAUGUAAUUUAUGGAUUUGCCAUUAAUUUAAAAUAGAUUAAUGACAAGUUAAAGUUGUCAUGUAAAUGUCAUGGUGUGACAGUAAAUCAGGUUGCAUUGUUUUAAAACAAGUUUACAUAGUUCCUCCCUGCACUUUAUGAACACUAUGGGGGUUCUGAUGUGGUUGUCUUUACAUGGCUACAGCUGAUCACAUCUGGAAGGGCUGAUUCCAUUGGGGUUUUUUUUAUACUUCUAUAUAAACAAAAUCUUCAUUCAGAUACUUACAAAUAAAAAUACCUCUGAAGCACAUGUUAUGUUCCAUGAAACUAACAGAAAAGAGGAAAAAAAGUGACAUUUCACUUAAGAGUAAUUCUGUCUACGUAAGGUUCUCUAUACCAUAAAUAAUGUCUCAAUAAAAUACCAGUCAAAAGUUUGGACACACCUUCUCACUCACUGGUUUUUCUUGAUUUUUAUUACUUUCAACAUUGUAGAUUCACACUGAAGACAUCAAAACUAUGAAGGAACACAUUUAGAAUCAUGCAGUAAACAAAAAAGGGUUAAACAAACCAGAAUAUGUUUUAAAUUUUAGCCACCUUUUGCUUUGACCACAGCUUCAUGAGGUUGUCACCUGAAAUGGUUUUUAAUCAACGAGUGUGCCACGUCAAGAGUUAUUUUGUGGAAUUUCUUGCCUUCUUAAUGUGUUUGAGAACAUCAAUUCGAUUUUAUUUAUA